CUUCUUCAACGUCCAGACGGCUUCUUCAACGUUCUUCCAGGCUCAGAGAGAGAAACCAUGUGGUGUCUGGCUGUCAUUUUCUCCUCUUCCUCAGAGUUCUGGCCGUCGAGAGGACUUCAACGAGGAGUCAAUGUGUGACGGCUUCAAUGACUUCAAUGACUUUAAUGCCGUGGGGUAACAGAAGGCGAUUGAAGACAAGACGGUGCUGUCAGCUGGUGGAGGAACAUUGCGUGCGUUUGUAUAUGGGUGUUUCAUUCAGCGAUGCGCGCGCUCACGUCGCUAGAGAACGAGCCAGUCCACCACGCGACCCCGUUCGUCCGGGGGCGCUGCGAGUUCAGCUGCAGCAGCGGCGGGUGCUCAUAAGGUGGGUGGCCUUGACGGAUUGGCUGACGACGGGCGAUUUGAGUUCCUGCGGCAGGUCAAAUGGGAAGUACUCGAACGCCUGGAGAUCCUCUAUGGCGAGACAAGAUACGAACAGAUAGCCAAAUCUCUGUUCGAGUACCCGAAAGGUCAGUCCGUAGAGAAGCAGGCAGUGCGAGUGAGUGAGUGGCUGAGGGGGCGGGGGAUGCAUUGGAGAUGUGUGUCAUUGUGUCAGAGACAGCAAAAUUAAUCCUCAAAGAGGCAACAAAACGUGCAGAGAAAGUGUGAGUGAAAAAACCCAAACAAAGACGACACAUGGUCGGCCCGUUGUGUGUUGCUGUGGCCAUUAGCAAGAACUCUCAGGAGAAUGAUGGCAAAAAACUGUGGUCGGAAAUUUCCAACCGCAGAUAUGAGCCAUGACUCUAUUCGUACAGCGGGUCGUCGGCUGCCCAUAGGUCGUCGGCAGCCGCAAGUGCAGCGCUGCAGGCAAAUGGGUCGGCAAAGCGUUCAGGUGAGUUGAAUGGAUGGAUGGGAGAGAGGAAUGGCUGGAUGGACUUAAAUGGAUGGAUAUGGUGUGUGUUUGUGCGCCCUCAGUGCACCUGGUAACCUCGUUGGUCUCAAGCCCGCCGAGCUGGACAUGCGUGAGCUCCCGCCACAGAUGGAGUCCUUCAUGGGCGCCAUGCUGCGAGCGAGCUACUGCGCCCAGAUGGGCCUUGUGGGUAAAACAAGAAGGAGACAUACAGUAUAUGCAUGUGAACGUCUGCAUGCAGGUUGGUGUUGCACGCCGUGCCGAGAGUUAUCGGCAACCAGGGACCCGGACGCGAACAAGUCCAAGAGCUGAGGCAAGACACAGAGGAGUGGCGUCAACGGAAGAUCACUGCACGGGACUGGGAGAGGGAAUGGAAUGCUGCAAAAGACACAAUUGAGACGGCAGCGAGAUACUUGGCCAUAAUAUAUUAAGGUGGAAACAGUUCUGGUAGCCCACGUCAAUCCUUCAUGCGACAUCGAAGACAUCGCAGGCAGCAAAGUGCACCACCGUCGACAAAAGAGAGUGCCAGACAAUGAUCCAGGGGUGUGAGGAGAGGAACAACAUCUUUAGGUAGGCGCGUGCUGAUCUCAGCAGACAUGUGGAG